CUGGCGAAGAGGAACAUGAUGAAGACGGCAAGAGGAGGUCAAAGCCUGGUUUUGUCCCCGGUUUGGCUGCCCCCAAAAUUCCAGAAGGGGAAAAAGUGGACUUUGACGACAUUCACCGCAAGCGUAUGGAAAAAGACCUGACGGAGCUCCAGACACUGAUCGAGGAUCACUUUGAGAAGCGCAAGAAGGAGGAAGAGGAACUCCUCAGCCUCACCGACCGCAUUGAGAAACGCCGGUCCGAGAGAGCCGAGCAAACGAAGAUCAGAGCGGAGAGGGAAAAAGAACGACAGAACAAAAUGGCCGAAGACAAAGCAAGGAAGGAGGAAGAAGGGGCCAAGAAGAAAGCCGAUGAUGAUGCCCGGAAGAAGAUGAUCUUGAGCAACCUGAGCUUCACCGGAUAUAAAACACAGACAGGACCCAAGCGACAAACAGAGCGAGAGAAGAAGAAGAAGAUCCUCAACGAUCGUCGCAAGGAGUUAAACGUUGAUCACUUGAGGGAGGACAAACUCAGGGAAAAGGCCAAUGAGUUGACGGAAUGGUUGCGCCAGCUGGAGGCGGAGAAGUUUGAACUUCAGUACAAAUGCAUGAAGCAGAAAUAUGAGGUGACCGUGCUGAGGAACCGCAUCAGUGACCAUCAGAAAAUUUCAAAGGGCAGAAGGAGCAAGCGAGGCCUGAGGAAGUAAAAACAACACAGAUAUACAGAUAUCAUAAGUUGCCUUACUAAUGUCAUCAUAAUUGUGAAAUAAAGUGCAUACAUGAAUAAAA